GCGGCGGGAGAGGGCGGCGGGGCCGGGGCGGCGGCCGGGUGGUUCCUGCCCCCCCUGCCCCGCAGCGAGGGACGCAGCGGCAGCCGGAGCCCCCCGGGCCGAGGGGCCUUGAGGGACCCCGCGGCGCUGCGGGGGCCGGGAGCGUCCGCCUGGCGUGACCGGACACUUCCACCCUCCUGCAUUUUGCAGGCCAUUGCAGACACUGAGCCUCUUGAUUAGCCUGUCUUAAUGCACACUUAGCAUCAGCCUUUGGAAGUGCAAGGCAGUGUGGCAAGUCCUCGCAUGUGGCAGCAGGAUCAGCAGUGUUAGCCAGCACUUGGGAUUGCUUGUCUGGACUACAGGUAUGGAAACUGGCUUGGCGUGUCAGCUCUGGAUGGGUGAGACUUCUGCAGCCAAGUCACAGGGGAUGUGGGCUGAACGAGGUCCUUCCCCUGGUGCUGUGCUUUGCCCUUCUGCUGAAGUCCAUCAAGCACCAAGAGCUGAAUUUCAGCGGGCCUUUGUCUUUGCCAUCUGUACACCAGUGCCUCCCAGGAAAUAUAGCUUCAUCCUCCUGCUUUCUUGUUGAACCCAGAACUAAAGUGGAAGAUUCUUUCCUGAUGUCUUCUCUGCCUCUUUCAGACUGGUAGUGCUGGCAGUCCAGCUGGAAAAUGUGGUGCUGACUCUUAAGCACUUCUCCUGAGGGCGAAGUGGGUCCUGAGCAGGAUGCAGCAGCCAGCGACUGGUGAUAGGAGCACAGCCAUUCCCUCACCAGAUCCAUCUCAGGCCAGCUUUGAUGCUGGCUUAUACUAUGCACGCCGCUGCAUCACUGAGGACCCCAACUGGUCCCUUGUCACUGUCCCUCACCUCACUGAGCUCUGCCUCCAGCACAUUGUUCACAAUUUUGAAAAGAACCCUAUUUUGAACUAUCUUCUGCCUGAACACCAAAGGAAGGUACUGGACAGGCUCUCCACUGGCCUUCCACUCGCUGUGACUGCCAACCUAGUAAGCGAUGAGGAGUACUGGAAGAGGUGCUGUACUGAGCGGUGGCAACUGUGUGAUGUCUCCAACUAUGGAGACAGCUGGAAACGGAUGUUCUUUGAACGUCACCUGGAGAACAUCCUGAAAUGUUUCAUCCCUAACACCACAGACCCCAACCAGGUCCUAGAGCUCAUCCCGCUCUGCAAAGGCUAUGUGCGGAAACUGGAGAUCGAUCAGUUCCUGCCACCAGUGAAGGUGGAUCAAAAAGAGGAGAGGGAUGACCUUUCUGAUACAGGGAGUGACUUUGAAUCUGGUGAGGUCUCCGUGCAACAUUACGACCUGAAAGAUCUCAUUACUGCUCUCCCUCACCUUGAAGAGCUUCAUCUCACUUAUGGCGUGAAGGACUGUGGCAUGAACUUUGAGUGGAACCUCUUUAACUUCACCAACCAGGACUGCUCCAAUUUGGCUGCUGCCGUGAAGAUGUGCCACAACCUGAAAGUUUUCAAGCUGACACGAAGCAAUGUGGAUGAUGAAAAAACCAAGCUGCUGGCCCGUAGCUUGCUGGAUCACCCCUGCUUGGUGGAGCUGAAUUUGUCCCAUAAUCUCAUCAGGGACAAGGGUGCACAAGCUCUUGGCAAGCUGAUCAGUCGCAGCAGAUUAGAAAUCCUUGAUCUGUGUAACAACCAGAUCCAUCACCUGGGGGCUCAGGCUCUUGCUCAAGCCCUGGCUGAGAAGUCCACCCUGACCUCACUGAAUCUGCGCCUCAACUGCGUGGAGGACAAAGGCGGGGAGGCGAUUGGCCGUGCCCUGUUGACCAACACCACCCUGAAGUCCAUCCAUCUGGGAAGUAAUAACCUGUCAGAGCCAACUGCUACACUUUUCUCCCAGGUCCUGGCUCAGAACACCACCCUGAGGAGCAUCAACUUUUCAUGCAACCACCUGGGGCUGGAUGGUGGGAAGCAGCUGCUUGCAGGGCUGGCAGACAACAAGACUUUGACUGAGCUUGACCUCCGCCGGGCAGAGGUGGACCAGGAGGCUGAGUACUUCAUUCACCAAAUUGUGUGGGCCAAUAGGGAAGCAGUGAGGCUGCAGCACCCCAUCGCCAAGCCCCCCUGAAUAAAAUGCUCCAGCACAACGAGCUUGGGAGGUACAGUGUUGGAGAUACUUUUCUUCAGA